AAGGAGUGUGGCGUCGACUCUGACUGGGAACACUAGUUCACCGCGCUGCCCGUCUUGUGAGAUACUUUUGUACUGGUGCUGUGUACGAAACUUGGAACCGCCAAAAUGUAUGAUGUGUUUGGCUCUAUCCGGGGUCUAUUAAAGAUAGACUCCGUGAGUAUCGACAAUAAUAUAUUUCGGAUGCAUUACAAGGCGACAAUGUUUCUUUUGGUGGCUUUUAGUUUGUUAAUAACACAGAAGCAAUACUUCGGUGACCCCAUAGACUGUAUCGUCGAAGGUGUAGACGCCUCGAUCAUGGAUACAUAUUGCUGGAUCCACUCGACCUUCACUAUCCCGUCCCUUACUGGAGCUGUGGUAGGUGAGGAAGUUCCUCACCCUGGCGUAGCCAAUACUCAAAUACAUGGGCCGGACGACCAAUACCAGAUAAAACAUCACAAGUACUACCAGUGGGUCACCCUUUUUAUGAACCUUCAGGCCAUUAUGUUCUACAUUCCCCGGUAUCUAUGGAAAAUCUGGGAGGGUGGCAAGGUGAAGAUGCUUGUUAUGCAGCUUAAUUCGCCCAUCCUGGAUGACGAUGUCAAACGGGAACGCAAGGCCAUGUUGGUGGAUUACUUUAGCGUCAAUCUACACAACCACAAUUUCUACGCAUUUAGAUUCUUCCUCUGUGAACUUCUGAACUUCAUUAAUGUCAUUGGCCAAAUUUAUUUUACAGACAGGUUCUUGGGCUAUGAGUUCACAACGUAUGGCACUCGUGUCAUUGAGUUUAGUGAACAAGAGUUUGGCUCCCGUCACGACCCAAUGGAUGAAGUAUUCCCCAAGGUGGCAAAGUGCACCUUCCACAAGUAUGGUGCCUCAGGCACAAUUGAAAGACAUGAUGGGCUUUGUGUCCUACCUCUCAAUAUCUUCAAUGAAAAGAUCUACAUUUUCCUCUGGUUCUGGUUCAUCAUUGUAGCUGUGAUAUCUGGGGUUGGUCUUCUUUACCGCUUGGCCACCUUCACCCCAGCAUUUAGACAGAUCCUUCUUAGGACUCGCUCCCGCCUUGCAUCUUCCGAUAAUGUGGAAGCUAUCUCCCGCAAGUGCCAGAUUGGUGACUGGUUUGUUCUGUAUCAGUUAGCAAAGAACAUGGAUCCUCUGAUCUACAAAGAGUUCAUUACUGACUUGGCCAACAAGCUUCAAGGAAAGGGCCCUGUCUAAAGGAUUCCUGCCUGGAUUAUCAGAUUAGGCACACCCAUUAAGCCUACAGCUAGAAACUAUUUAUUUAUUUUUUUUUCCUACUUGAGUAAAGUAACUGACCAUGACAGGGGACCACCAACUGAACAUCAGGACUCCCCCAAGAUAACCCCUUCAUGGAUUUAUACAAGGAUGCCAAAUUUGCUCAUGUUUUAUUAUGUGGAUUUUAUUGUGGCAGAGGGUAUGGGUUUUCUUAAAUGUUCUUAUCAGAUAUUUUUUUUAACAAAUGGUGCAUAUUACAGUAUUUAAAAUACUCAUUGGUGCACAAGUAGCUUUGUUAUACCAUAUGCAGUCAUCACAAGGAUAAGGUUUUAAAUAUGUGAAAGCUCAAAUCUGUUUGUCUUUUAUAUUAAUUAAUAACAUGUAUAUAGAUGUCUUGCUAUACAUUUGUAUUAACACCUUACUCCAACUUUGUAGCUGUGUAUUGUAUGUUUAUGUUUAAAUUUCAGAGUGAAUAUCAGUAUCAGUGUUCAUUAUUGUUAAUUUCUCAUGUUAGUAUUUAUUUUUCUCCUUGUGUUUAAUGAACAAAACUGGAACUAUCUUUAUUUUUUAAGUAUCUGAUUAGUAUUAAAAAGCAAAUUUAAGGAUUGGGGGAGCAGAAGGAUGAAUCGGUUAGGGAACAUGUCAUUGCUUUCUGGGUUCUUUUGCAGCUAUGUCUUCCACUUUCAUUCAUUAAUAAGUACUUUUAUUAGAUUGGCCUGUGAGAGUCCUGGAUAACAUAUCUCAAUACUCGCAUCAUAAAUUCUAUUCUAUGGAUAAAGGCGAGCAGUUUUUUUUUUCAGGAUAGCCAUUUGCCAGUCUAGUCACCUAGCUCUUUCAUUUCUGAACGAUAGUUCCUGUUACCUGUGUGUCAUGGUAUGGUGCCUUGCAGUGCAGUACUGGAUUAGAGGGACCAAUUAUUGUAGUAGAUGACUUGUUUGAAAAUAUUUUUUCUACUUACUUUGUUAGGGUAGUUGUGAUAGGUAAUAUUUAAGGUAUUUUGUGUAUUUGAAGUCCAAUCGAGUCUAAUGAGCACAUGGAUUUCACCUCUUAGUUAUUGGAUGCAUGUACAUUAUAUUUUUAGCCUGAUUUUGUUAUUAUGAAAGCCUAAGAGAUAGGUAGCUAAGUAAUGUAAUACAAAUAGUGAGGUCUCAUGCAAAGAAUAAUGCACAUUUGCAUGUAUUGACAAGUCUGAAGGUCACAAGAUAGAUGUCAAAGUGCCUUAAUAAAUAUAUAUGGUGUGUAUGAGCGACCAUGAAUUAAAAAUAAACCUCAAA